AUGAGUUCGGAAGAGCAGCUAUUGGUUGGUACGAAGAGUUUGGGUAGCCGUGUUUCCGUGGCCUGUCUUCCAUGUCGGAGUCGUCAUGUCCGCUGUGAUGCGCAACAGCCCGUGUGCGUACGGUGUUCAUCGGAGGGGAGAACAUGCCAAUACGUUAAAUCCCGAAGAGGUGGAUUGAACCGGGCAAAAUUAGCAGAACGGCGUCGAAACACCCAGAGUGGUAAUAGGACUACUGUCGGUUCGCCGUCCGACAGCCCCGACAGGUCUUCUUCAGUACGGACAGCCGCCUCAGAAUGCCGGCCGUCGGGCGACUUCCUCUCAGCUUUAUCAAACGGGAACAGUGUUCAAUCCUCAGAACCAGAGACGAGCGACUUGGAAGAGACGCUCGGGACGCCAGACUCGGUCGACAUUCAGGUUUCGAGCAUCUCAAACGACUUUCUCAUCAAGCUUUACUACAAACAUUUCCACAGGUGUCACCCUUGUGCACUACCGCAACGCAGCCUUCAGCAUUACUAUGAGAGGGUCCCGGAACAAGGAAGCUUGGCGCUUCUGGUCGCCGUUAUGCGUUUCAUAGGGUCAUUGUACUCGCAUCCAGAUCUGACCUCACAGUUGCAAGACAAGGUCAUAGAAGGGUUCCAGGCCGCAAGAGGACUUCCGCCCGAUCCAUUCCUAGCCCAAUGCCAUCUUCUCUAUUCUAUUUCUCUAUACUGGACUGCCGAAAAACUAAAAUCCCGCGAGGAGAUUGAUAUCGCGAUAGAGAUUGUACUGGGGCUUGGCAUGAAUCAUCGGGAUUUUGCUGCCGAGCACGGGCACGGCGAUAUAGUUCUGGAAGAAAGCUUGAGGCGAACUUGGUGGCAGGUCUUUUGCAUCGAUGCAUACUACGCAGCUAUCAAACGGUUACCGACCUUUCGCUUAUGUGAAGUGGAUACCGAUACCGACUUGCCGUGCGAAGAAGACGAAUAUGAAUCAGGCUUAAUACCUACCCCUAAAAGCCUGGAUGACUUCGAAACAAGAGAAUUUGGCCCCGAAAACCAAAGGUUCUCGUCGUUUGCCUACCUCAUCGGAGCGACGCGUAGCAUCGCCUUGGCACUCUCUGCUGGCUCGCCUGAUUGUUCGAAUUGGUUGUCUCCAAAGACGAUAGCAGAAGUUGACGCCAUUAUAGAUGGGUGGUUUCUUCUUCUCCCAAAGUCUAAGAAGGAAGUCUUGAAAGAAGGCAAUAUUGUUGAUGAGCUUAUGUUCCAAGCACAAAUGGCUGUACACGCGAACCUCAUAGCAAUACAUAGGCCCUUUUCUAAGCUACCAUUCCACCCUUUAGAAGGCGUUUCGAGCUGUCUAGUUGAGCCACCCAAGUGGUUACCGGUAAAAGAUUCGGAAACCGUCCACACCCAACGGUGUCUCCAAUCCGUUGAAGCCCAACUUGCAUUCCUCGUGUUACCUGUACAGCCAUUCCGUCGCAGCCCGUUCACAAUAUGCAUGACAGCUGCGUGUACAAAUACAUUACUCGCGGCGAUAAAGGCGCUGUACUCUGGACGACAGCUUGCGGUGGCUCGGCAUCAACUUCGGUUAGUGGUCGGCUACAUCAGAGCCUUAGCAAAGGUGUGGGCGCAGGGCGGGAAGAACCUAGAAGAAAUCCAAAUUAUAGCCCAAGAGGUUCUGAGCCGGAAGAAUGAGUUGCCACGACCAGUAACCUGCGAGAAUGUUACUGCGAGUACUCAGAAGUCGCCUCCGGUCGACGGUCCGCCGUGUAUCGGAGGGCUGGACAACUGGACCAAUACCACAAUCACUUUGGACUCUCAGGAUUCCCUCGCAGCAUACUGGAACUUUAGUACUGACUUCCAACCGGAUAUUCCCGUUUGGUUCAGCAAUUUUCAGAACGGAGUAUAG